AUGAGUGGACAGGAAGGUCCCUUCAAGAUCGUCAUCCUGGGUGAGGGACGAGUGGGAAAGACUUCGCUCUUGCGACAGUUCGUUUCCAGAACCUUCAGUGACCAGGAGGCAUCUACCCAGUCCGCGGCCUAUCUUGACAAGAUACUGCUGCUUCGAGGCACGCAGGUCCAGCUUUCUCUGUGGGAUACAGCUGGCCAGGAGCGCUUCCACUCCCUGGCCCCUAUCUACUAUCGCAAUGCUGAUGGCGCCUUGCUGGUUUACGAUAUCACUGACCUGGAGAGCUUCAGGCGGGUGGCAAAAUGGGUGGAGGAGCUUCAGGUGAUGGGCACCACUUGCGUUCUGGCGAUUGUUGGCAACAAAUCAGACUUGCAGUCACAGGCCAAAGUGCCUAAGGCUGAUGCGGAGACCUAUGCAAGGAGUAUCAAUGCCAGACACAGCACUGCCUCUGCCAAGCUCGGUUUUGGUGUCGAUGAAGCCUUCGGAGCUCUGGCAGAAGAUGUUCUCGCAUCCAGGGCGCGAGCUCCAGGCCAAACUCAGACUUCGUCCCGGCGAACGCGAGGAGCCCUAGUUGUGGCCGAAGAUGAUGCUGCGCAGCCGUCGCGGCAGAAAAGUGGAUGCUGUGGAGGUGGAUGA